UUGUUGAACGGCAGCGAAAAUAGGACUAUCAGUUCCACUCAGAUAACCCCUAGCUGUCAUUGGACCUCAAGCCAAGCUGUGACCCCGGAGCUUGAACUCUGCGGUCAUGUGACCGGGCAGUAAAGUGACCAGUGGUGUUGCUCUGCUCUGGCUGUGGUCAGAGAGGGACAGGCUGUCAAAGAAAGAGGUUGCUGGGAGAGAGAGAGAACAGAGACAGAGAGGGAGCAGAGAGUCAUGAGGCAACCAGGCCCGGUGGCUUUUUCUUAGCCUACGUCCGAGCUUGAAUGGGGUGCAGGCAACCUGGGAGAAGAAUGAAAUGGAUACAUGGGAAGAUGAUCCAGCGGACCAGCGUACUUGCCUUAUCUGUGGAGAUCGCGCCACGGGCCUGCACUAUGGCAUCAUCUCCUGCGAGGGCUGCAAGGGCUUCUUCAAGCGCAGCAUCUGCAACAAGCGCGUGUACCGCUGCAGCCGCGACAAGAACUGCGAGAUGUCGCGCAAGCAGCGCAACCGCUGCCAGUACUGCCGCCUGCUCAAGUGUCUGCAAAUGGGGAUGAACCGCAAAGCAAUCAGGGAGGAUGGCAUGCCAGGAGGGAGGAACAAAAGCAUCGGGCCUGUUCAGAUCACAGAGGAGGAGAUAGAGCGAAUCAUGUCAGGCCAGGAGUUCAAGGAGGACGCCCCGGAGCACACCUGGGGCACCAACGGCGACAGCGACCACAGCUCUCCGAGCAACGGAGCCUCGGAGGGCAAUCAGCCGUCGCCCGCCUCCACCCUGUCAUCCAACCGCUCUGUGGAAAUGAACGGCUACACGGCGGCCCUCAGGGACCAAUACCUCAACACCUCCAUGUCCACACACUACCAGCUCCUGCCUCACCUGUUCAGCUAUGCGGCCCAGUCCGGCCUGCUGGCCCCCCAGCCCCGCAGCCUCUACCCACAGUCCCACCCACUGGUGCUGCAGCUGGUGGCUGCUGAAGACCUGGCCCCCCUGGCAACACCUAUGCUCAUAGAAGACGGGUACAAAGUGACCCAGGUGGAGCUGUUUGCACUGCUGUGCCGCCUGGCAGACGAGCUGCUCUUCCGCCAGAUCUCCUGGAUCAAGAAGCUGCCGUUCUUCUGCGAGCUCUCCAUAGAGGACUACACCUGCCUGCUCAGCUCCACCUGGCAGGAGCUCAUCCUGCUCUCCUGCCUCACCAUCUACAGCGCCCAGAUAUUUGGAGACCUGGCCGACGUCACUGCCAAGUACACGCCGUCUGACGACGAGCUGCAGGGCUUCAGCGAGGACGGCAUGGAGGUGAUGGAGAGGUUGAUCUAUCUUUUCCGCAAGUUCCACCAGUUGAAGAUCAGCAACGAGGAGUAUGCCUGUAUGAAAGCCAUCAACUUCCUCAACCAAGAUAUCAGAGGAUUGUCCAACAUCUCCCAGCUGGAGCAGCUGAACAAGCGCUACUGGUAUGUGUGUCAGGACUACGCUGAAUAUAAGUACCCGCACCAGCCCAAACGCUUCCCUGAGAUCAUGAUGUGUCUCCCUGAGAUCCGCUGCAUCGCAGGGAAGCUUGUGAAUGUCCCUCUGGAGCAGCUCCCACUCUUGUUCAAAGCAGUCUUGCACUCCUGCAAAUCCAGCCUGACCAGCUACAGGACCGGCCCGUCGCCCUGCGUGACCACCUCCUCCGGAAACUAGACCGACCCCCCCACCCCCACCCCAAACCGAGGGACUGGUCUCCCCUCUUGUGAAUGUGACAAGCAGCUAGUUUGUUUUUUGUACCUUUUUUUUCUUUAUAUAUUUAUUACACGACAGAGCUGAAUGUAUACUGAUUUACACUGUGCACAUGCUUCUGUACAAAACAAAUGCUCGUAGAUGCAUUGGUCUUUGGAGUUUACAAGUGUGUAUCCAGUUUGCUCAAUGUGUCAGUGUUGCUAUUGUUAGAGCUAGACUUUAAAAGAGUUUAUUUUAUUCAGACGGGGGGGCGGAUAGACACAUGUGACUACCUCAGGAAAAUGUUGUUGCUAUUUUCGGGUACCUUUUUUUCGGUCCGUUAAAUGAAGAGUUGCCCAGUCCAAAACCAAAUCCCUUUGGAUGCGUUGGCAUCUCACUCAGAGACUGAAUGUUCAAAGGAGCUGCAUUAAUCAAAGAAUGAAAAACUGGUGUUUUGUUACACUGGAAAUGCAAGAAUUAUUCAGCAAAAUUGAGCUACUUUAUCUGCAUGGACUCUCUGACAUCCUGCUUUUGGGAGGCAGUCUUGUCAAGUUAACAUUCCGUGGGUUAAGGUGACAGUUGUUGGAUCUGUGGGAUCUUCAUGGGGGGAAAAAAGGGAGCAUACGGGUAUUUUCUACAAUCAUAGACCGGCGAUGUAAGGCUUUAUUGCAGGGGAAGGGGAGGAUAGCUAGGUUUGGUGUUUUUAGUUUGAUUGUUUUUCUUUUUUGACCAAAGUGUUAUGCAAUGCUUUUUUUCAAACACCCAAUGAUGGGUAUGGAGCUGAUAGCUCCACAAAAAA